GACCAGGGCGAGGCGAAGGAUGGGAAUGAUGGCGUCUGCGGGAAUGGGACUACGGCGGCUCCUGGCGGCCGGUUCGAAAGUGAGCAGGAAGCGAGUGACCACUUCUCUCCUCCCUGUAGCUUUUCCCAGACUUCAUUAUCAUGUGACACAACCUUGCAGCUACAUACCCCGGAGAGCUGUUCUCUAUGUGCCUGCAGAUGAUGUAAGAAAGAUACAGAAGAUUCCAACUCUCAACGUUGAUUGUGCAGUGCUAGAUUGUGAAGAUGGUGUUGCUCUAAAUAGAAAGGAAGAAGCUAGAAUAAAAACUGUGGAAGCCCUUGAGAACUUUGACUUUGGUCAGACGGAGAAGUGUGUUAGGAUCAAUUCAGUGUCUAGUGGUCUUGCAGAAGAAGAUAUGAAGGUCAUUUUGAAAUCCAAGAUUCUUCCUACUAGCCUGAUGCUCCCGAAGGUUGACAGCGUAGAAGAAAUAAAAUGGUUUAUAGAGAAAUGUGCAUGGCACUUACAAGGCCGAACACUCAUAGAGCCGAUCAAUUUCAUUCCUUUUGUGGAAACUGCAAUGGGUUUGCUCAAUUUUAAGGCUGUUUGUGAAGAAAUUCUGAGAAGAGAACCACAGGUUGGCCUUCAUUUAGACGCUGUGGUAUUUGGAGGCGAGGAUUUUCGUGCCAGUAUAGGUUCAACAAGUAGUAAAGACACUCAUGAUAUUCUUUACGCACGGCAAAAAAUUAUUGUCACAGCAAAGGCUUUUGGUUUGCAAGCCAUAGACCUUGUCUUUAUAGACUUCCAGGAUGAUGAUGGUCUACGUAAGCAAUCAAAAGAGGGUGCCUCAAUGGGUUUUACUGGUAAGCAGGUGAUCCACCCUAAUCAAGUUGCCAUUGUCCAGGAACAAUUCUCCCCAAGCCUUGAAAAAAUAAAGUGGGCACAGGAACUGAUUACAGCUUUUGAAGAACAUCAGCAUGUAGGAAAGGGUGCCUUCACAUUUCAUGGCAGCAUGAUAGACAUGCCAUUACUGAAACAGGCCCAAAAUAUUCUUACACUUGCUACUGCCAUCAAGAAAAAAUAAGCUGCUAAAUAAACUUUUCCCGAAGAGUGAUUCCAGGAGCUGCUUCAAGAAAAAUUACAUAAUACCGAGAGAAAGAAUAGUGCAAUGCUUCAUAUUUCAAUUGAAUUCAGAAUACACGUCAAACAACUUUGGUCUACUUUUUGUACUGAAUGAAAAUGCUAAGAUUGGAGCCUGUUUCCUAUGACAAGUGAGUUGUGACAGACCUGAAAGCAAAACUGUUUCCUUUGGAAAAGCGACCAAUUAAAAUCAAUCAGUGAUGUGGA